AUGCGAUACCAGGCUCUCUCAGUUGCUGAGCACCUUCCGCCCCGACUUCGCAAUGGUCGCGACGCGCGGCCUGCACCGCAGCCAGUCAAGCUUCCCGACGUCCAAUGGAGCCCCCCUUCCUUUGACGACUCAUCAGUCUUAGGGACCAAGAAGAGUCCUGCUAUCACUCUCCCACCUUUCAGGUAUUUGGAGAACGCUGAUGCACCCCGUGUCUUCCUUCAUCCCGGGAAUAAGCCCCACGUCGUGUAUCCCGAGUCGUACAUUCCCGAGACGACUUCAUCAAAAUAUCCUCCGGAUAUUAUGCAGGACAAAUACUUUUACCUGCCCCGCUCUGCGUCGUAUACUGCAGAGCCCACCCUGCCGCCUAUUUACUUCUUCCAUAAGAAAGAGGCUGGCGUUUCGCUACAUCAAGUCUUCUUUGGGGACGGCAGGCACUUCAUCGACCAGUCGAUGAAACGCGCUUUCGUUGAUGUGAAGGCUCCUUUUCCCCUCCUUCGUAUCCAAAUUGAUUGGCCGACACAUAAUAUCCCUGUCUAUAAAAUGAGCAGCGGAAACCCGGAGGGCACCCACUCCGUCACCCAAGGCUUUUUGGUGAGGAGCAUUGCUCAGCAGAUCCACCACACCUUGUUAACCUUGCGGAAUUCGUCUACCAACCUUUCCGUCCAGGUUUCUCCUGGUUCUCAAGUCUACUGCGACUUGAGUAAGGUCCCGACCAUGGACAUCGUGCUCGUCGGUCUCAACCACUACGGCACGCCCGGGACUGAAAACAGCGUAUGGGUACCCAUCCUUGCGCUUCCCCAUGAAGCCGCCAAGGCUUCAUUAUUUUCAUUGAAAGCUUCAUUGUAG